GACGAAGUGCAACGCUGGAGAGAUGAGAGUUGCAAGCUGAUGUCUAUCAGAGCAGAGAGAGGGAGAGAGAUCAUAGAAAGUGGAACUCAUUUUUGUUAUGCAAGAUAUACUGGCGCACUUCUCACACAGCCAAGCGUUGGCCUCACAUAUAAGUUACAAUGUUGCUCAAACCAAAUAGGCUCCGGAACAAAACAGUCCAAAACGGAGAAGAUCCGGCUCAAAUUAAGCACUGAUGACGAGCCUUCAGAUGGUGAUGGUGGGGAGAUUUUUAGUCUUCGGCAACUGUUGCUGUACCACAGCAAGUGAGCGAAUGAGGGGACGUGAAUAUUUCCACCUUUCUUUAGUACUGGCUGCGGGAAUGACUAUCUGCUGGCUCGUCUUCUCAUACUGUGCAUCCGUGUCUCUCACCCAGGUGAAUCGCCAGGUUGUGCUGAAUCACAGAUUACAGCACAAGCAAGCCAAACUGAUGGAACCGGUGAGGACUGACGUGCUGACUGUAACCCCGUGGCUGGCUCCUAUAGUCUGGGAAGGGACUUUUGACCCCCAGGUCAUAGACGAGGCCUUUAUGUCCCAAAACCUCACCAUCGCUACCACCGUGUUUGCUGUAGGGAGAUACACUCGUUUUCUCCGGGACUUCUUAGAGUCAGCUGAGAAGCACUUCAUGGUGGGGCUGGGCGUGCAUUACUAUGUGUUCACCGACCUGCCCGACGACGUGCCCAACAACGUGACUCUGGGUGUCGGCAGACUGCUCAGCAUCGUGAGGGUGCCGAAGUUCGACCGCUGGCAGGAGAUAUCCCUCCGCCGUAUGGAGCUCAUCCAGACUGCCAUUAAGGAUCACAUCCACUGGGGGGCGAACUACAUAUUCUGCCUGGACGUAGACAUGAGGUUCCACGGCCGUGUGGGUUCCGAAGCUCUGGGGAGACUGGUGGGCGCCAUCCACCCCUGGUUCUACAUGUACCCCCGGAGCCAGUUCCCCUACGAGCGGAGGGCCGUCUCCACAGCCUACAUACCCAUGGACCAGGGAGACUUCUACUACCAGGCCAACAUAUUCGGAGGAGCGUUGGAAGAUGUUCACCGGCUGACCAAGACGUGCAGGGAGCACCUGGAGGUUGAUAAGUCAGUGGGCGUGGAGGCUGUGUGGCAGGAAGAGAGUCACCUGAAUUGGUACCUGUUGAGGAACAAGCCCACCAAGCUCCUGUCACCGGAGUAUGUUUGGGACGACGCUAAAGUACGGAAUGCCAAGGAGAUAAAACUGGUCCGCUUCUCCUCUGUCAUUAAGAACAAGGCAGAGGUCAGGGAGAACCUCUGAGAGAAGAAAAUAAUAUAUGUCUUUGACACAAGCUGCAGGGAAGAGAGGAGAAAAGUGGAGAGGAUGGAAGGAGGAGAGGAAAGAGGGAAGGAGGAGAGGAGAGGAGGACCUGAACUGUCUUAAGACAACUAGGACUGAGAGAGGAGAGGAGAGGAGAGGAGAGGAGAGGAGAGGAGAGGAGAGGAGAGGAGAGGAGAGGAGAGGAGAGGAGAGGAGAGGAGAGGAGAGGAGAGGAGAGGGAACACUUAUCUUUAAUACAGAUCAUUACUUUACCUGGUUAUAUUUUUGCACACUGCACUUUUGGUUCAGUGAAAUGUGGGUUUGUUCUUGUUUUAGUGUCUUUGUGACAUAGGCUAUGCUCGAAACGACACCCUAGAACUCCUGGUUAAGAAGUGCACUAUUUAGGGUGCCAACUCAGACUUAGCUACCUUUACUUUAUGUACCAUGGGGUCCAUCAUUUUUGGCAUGUUUGAUAAAGAUGGGGAAAAAAUACUGUAUAAAAUAAAUAAUACUAUAUUGUAAGCCUAUGCUCAAAGAAAUUGGGUAAUUAUAUUAUAAUACAAUUUCUCAGAGAAACGUCUUUUUUUAAACAAUUAAUAAUGAAAGAAAGAUCUGGGUUAAAAUGAUCAGGACCUCUGUUUUCAGUCCUCCAGCACCCUGCGGGGAUAGCGGCACUGAGCCUUUGUUCAAGGUCACGCGGUAACAGUCACACCCCUCACCUUAAAAAAAGGCCAUAUUAUUCUUACGAUCAGGGACAAGUGUAUGUUAUUUUUGUACGUAUCUGUUAGUGCUUGAAUGCAAAUACAAACAAGUUAUUGUUUUAAAUGAACAAAAUCUCUAAUUAGUGCUUGUAGCAGAGUCACAGCCGGUUAAGAUCUUACAUAACACGAGGUUCUUUAGUGAUAAUCCAGUAAUGUAACACAUUAUCUGAUAAAUUACUUAGUUGACUACACCAACUCUACACCAACUCUUCACCAACCCUAUACCAACUCUACACCAACUCUAUACCAACCCUAUACCAACCCUAUACCAACCCUAUACCAACCCUAUACCAACCCUAUACCAACCCUAUACCAACCCUAUACCAACCCUAUACCAACCCUACACCAACCCUACACCAACCCUACACCAACCCUACACCAACUCUUCACCAACCCUAUACCAACCCUAUACCAACCCUAUACCAACCCUACACCAACUCUUCACCAACCCUAUACCAACUCUACACCAACUAUACACCAACUCUAUAUAAAUUAUAUACCAACCCUAUACCAACCCUAUACCAACCCUAUACCAACUCUACACCAACUCUUCACCAACCCUAUACCAACUCUACACCAACUCUACACCAACCCUAUACCAACCUAUACCAACUCUACACCAACCUCUACAUAAACUCUACACCAACUCUAUACCAACUCUACACCAACUCUACACCAACUCUACACCAACUCUACACCAACUCUAUACCAACUCUAUACCAACUCUAUACCAACUCUAUACCAACUCUACACCAACCCUAUACCAACCCUACACCAACUCUACACCAACCUCUACACAAACUCUACACCAACUCUACACCAACUCUAUACCAACUCUACACCAACUCUAUAUAAAUUAUAUACCAACUCUAUAUAAAUUAUAUACCAACUCUAUAUAAACUCUAUACCAACUCUAUACCAACUCUAUAUAAAUGCUAUACCAACUCUAUACCAACUCUACACAACUCUACACCAACUCUACACCAACUCUCUACCAACUCUAUGCAAACUCUAUACCAACUCUACAUAAACUCUACACCAACUCUCUACCAACUCUAUAUAAACUCUAUACCAACUCUAUACCAACUCUAUAUAAACUCUACACCAACUCUAUAUAAACUCUACACCAACUCUACACCAACUCUACACCAACUCUACACCAACUCUACACCAACUCUAUACCAACUCUAUCUACACUAUAUCAACACUGUGAAAUCAAAUUUAGUUGAUCAUACACACAUGGUUAGCAGAUGUUAUUGUGAGUGAAGUGAAAUGCUUAUGCUUCUAGUUCUGACAGUGCAGCAAUAUCUAACAUGUAAUCUAACAAUUCAACAACAACUACCUAAUACACACAAAUCUAAGUAAGGAAUGGAAUAAGAAUACAUAAAUAAAUGGAUGAGCGAUGACAAAGCAGCAUAGGCAAGAUGCAAUAGAUGGUAUAAAAUACAGUAUAUACAUAUGAUAUGGGUAAUGCAAGAUAUGUAAACAUUAUUAAAGUGGCAUUAUUCAAGUGACGAGUGAUCCAUUUAUUUAAGUGGCCACAGAUUUUUUAAGUCUGUAUGUAGGCAGCAGCCUCUCUGUGUUAGUGAUGUCUGAUGGCCUUGAGAUACAAGCUGUUUUCAGUCUCUUGGUCCCACCUGUACUGACCUCACCUUCUGGAUGAUAGCGGGGUGAACAGGCAGUGGCUUGUGUGGUUUUUGUCCUUGAUGAUCUUAUUGGCCUUCUUUAUGACAUCGGGAGCUGUAGAUGUCCUGGAGGGCAGGCAGUGUGCCCCCGGUGAUGCGUUGUGCAGACUACACCACCCUCUGGAGAGCGUUGCGAUUGUGGGUGGUGCAGUUGCCGUACCAGGUGGUAAAACAGCCCAACAGGAUGCUCUCAGUUGUACAUCUGUAAAAGUUUGUGAGGGUUUUAGGUGACAAGCCAAAUUUCUUCAACCUCCAGCCUGUCUGUGUGGGUGGACCAUUUCAGUUUGUCCGUGAGGUGUACCCCAAGGAUCUUUAAACUUUCCAACUUCUCCACUGCUGUCCUGUUGUAGUGGAUAGGGGGGUGCUCCCUCUGCUGUUUCCUGAAGUCCACGAUCAUCUCCUUUGUUUUGUUGACCUUGCUGCCACAACACUCUGAGUGCCCUCACCUCCUCCCCUGUAGGCUGUCUCGUCGUUGUUGGUAAUCAAGCCCACUAUUGUUGUGUCGUCUGCAAACUUAAUGAUUGAGUUGCAUGGCCAUGCAGUCAUGGUUGAACAGGGAGUACAGGAGGGGACUGAGCACACACCUUUGUGGGGCCACAGUGUUGAGGAUCAGCGGAGUGGAGGUGUUGUUUCCUACCUUCACCACCUGGGGGCGGCCCGGCAGGAAGUCCAGGAUCCAAUUGUACAGGGUAGGGUUGAGACCCAGGGCCUCAAGCUUAGUGAUGAGCUUGGAGGGUACUAUGGUUUUGAAUGCUGAGCUAUAGUCAGUGAACAGCAUUCUUACAUAAGUAUUCCUCUUGUCCAGGUGGGUUAGGGCAGUGUGCAGUGUUAUGAUGAUGCAUUGUCUGUGGACCUAUUGGGGUGUUAAGCAAAUUGAAGUGGGUCUAGGUUGACAGGUAAGGUGGAGGUGAUAUGAUCCUUGACUAGCCUCUCAAAGCACUUCACGAUGACAGAAGUGAGUGCUAUGGGGCGAUAGUAAUUUUAGUUCAAUUACCUUUGCCUUCUUGGGUACAGGAACACUGGUGGCCAUCUUGAAGCAUGUGGGACAUCAGACUGGGAUAGGAAGGUGUUGAAUAUGUCCGUAAACACAAUCGCCAGCUCAAGUUCCUUGAGGGCCGUUGUGGAAUCGGUUUGAGGGGGACAUACACAGCUGUGUCAAUGACCGAGGAGAAUUCUCUUGGGAGAUAAUACGGUUGUCAUUUGAUUGUGAGGAAUUCUACGUCAGGUGAACAAAUGGACUUGAGUUCAUACACCCCCGCCCUUCUUCCUUGAGAGCUGUUUAUUCCUGUCGUCACGAAGUACAAAGAAUCAAGGUUGCUAUACCGACUUCGACAGCAUAUCCCAAGAGAGCCAUGUUUCCGUGAAACAGAGAAUGUUACAAUCCCUGAUGUCUCUCUGGAAAGCAACCCUUUCGUCGACUUUGUUAACUAGGGACUGGAUAUUAGUGAGUAAUAUACUCGGAAGCGGUGGGUGGGGUGCCCGCUGACCAGAAGACCGCUCUGUCUACCUCUUCUCUGGCGGCGUUGUUUUGGGUCAGCUUCUGGAAUCAGUUCAAAUGCCAUGGGUAGUUUGGACAAAGGAUCCUUCGGGAAAGUCGUAUUCCUGGUUGUAGUGCUGGUAAGUUGACGUGUCUCUGAUAUUUAUUUAAUAGUUCUUCCCGCCUGUAUGUAAUAACACUUAAGGUUUUCUGGGCCGAGCAGUGUUAGAAAUAAUACACAAAAAACGAAAUAAAGUUUCCUAAGGACUAGAAGCGAGGCAGCCCUCCAUCUUGUUCACAUAGCAACACUAUCAACACCACAUCAAUGCAAGAACCUGCCGCCCCUACACUCUAACCAUUAGGCUACCUGCCGCCCCUACACUCUAACCACUAGGCUACCUGCCCCCCCUACACUCUAACCACUAGGCUACCUGCCCCCCCUACACUCUAACCACUAGGCAACCUGCCGCCUCUACACUCUAACCACUAGGUUACCUGCCGCCCCUACACUCUAACCACUAGGCUACCUGCGCCCCUAUACUCUAACCACUAGGCUACCUGCCGCCCCUACACUCUAACCACUAGGCUACCUGCCCCCACUACAUUCUAACCACUAGGCUACCUGCCCCCCCCCCCCCCCUACACUCUAACCACUAGGCUACCUGCCGCCCCUACACUCUAACCACUAGGCUACCUGCCGCCCCUACACUCUAACCACUAGGCUACCUGCUAUCCCUACACUCUAACCACUAGGCUACCUGCUAUCCCUACACUCUAACCACUAGGCUACCUGCUAUCCCUACACUCUAACCACUAGGCUACCUGCUAUCCCUACACUCUAACCACUAGGCUACCUGCUAUCCCUAAUAUAAUAAUAAUAAUAAUAAUAAUAAUAAUCCCUACACUCUAACCACUAGGCUACCUGCUAUCCCUACACUCUAACCACUAGGCUACCUGCUAUCCCUACACUCUAACCACUAGGCUACCUGCCACCCCUACACUCUAACCACUAGGCUACCUGCUAUCCCUACACUCUAACCACUAGGCUACCUGCUAUCCCUA